AUGUGGCGCUUCCUGAAACCCAUAGCUAAAAAGGCACGGACGGAGGAGGAGGAGGAGGAGGAGGGGGGUCGCGAUGCGAAUGCUGCGAAACCCAAACCGACCAGCGCUGGAACUGGGGGGAGAAAGUUUCAGACGAAGUGGCUAUACGACGAUGCAGGGAAAAAACGCGACUGGCUGACUGUCAAGAACAACAUCAUGUUUUGCACUGUGUGCACAACUUUUGGAAAGGACAAAAAAAGUCAGGCGAGUCACUUUGUUGUGGGCUGCUCCUCGAUGAAAGUUGAAAGUAUAAUAUCACAUGAAGGCACUCGCAACCACGACAAAAAUAUGAAAAUAAAGCAAGCCAAGUCUGCCCCACUCCAUGAAGCGCCCUCGGUGCAAGUUCUCACUAAACUCUCGGACGUAAACACCCAGAAGAUGAAGCUUCUUUUCCGAAAUGCGCACGCCAUCGCCAAGAAAGGUCGACCCAUCACCGACUACGUCUGGCAAUGCAGCUUGGAUGAGAAAAAGGGGCUGUCCGUGGGCAAAACCUACAGGAACCGCGAGACCGGCAAGCUCUUUGUAAAGUACAUUGUCCUGCUUCUAGUUUCAUAG